CUGUCUCAAAAAAAAAAAAAAGAAAGGAGGUUCCAUGGCUCAGUCAGAACUUGGAGGUGGACAUGCUGAGUUGCUGCAGCUGACCUUGUCUGUACCUGUGGCUCUGGAAGUCUCUCCACAGCCUGCCCUUGAGUCUGAGGAAUUGCUAGUUAAAAUGACAGGAGUUUAUGAAAGUAAACAUCAAAGAAAACCAACUAAGAAACUUCUUGAAUCCAAUGAUGUAGACCCUGGAUUUAUUAUGCCCAAGAAGGGGGACCUUGGCCUUUCUAAAAAGUGCUUAUGAAGCUGGUCACCUGGAGAAUGGAAUAACUGAAUCUUGUGCCACAUCUUAUUCAAAAGAUUUUGGUGGAGGUGAGUAUUUUUGAGAUUUUAAAAAUGUAAUACAGUAGUAAGUUUGAAGCGCUUUGUCCGUUAACCACAAAAAUUGUUUCAUGUGUAAGCCACACCAGUGAGGUACAAGUUUUAAAACUGGUUUGCCCAAAAUCUGCUUCCUGAAACAGAUAAAAUAUUCAUAAGUUGAACAUCUACUCUACCAGGACUUUUAGUAGGAAUGCUACCUGUAAUCUCUCUAAAGCAUUACAGAGAGUUAGGUUAUUAUCUAUAGUAUUCCUGUUUUAUAGAAGAAAUGUGAAGAUGAACAAGGUAGC